UGAGCUAACCUGUACAAAAAGAUCAGGGUGGCACAGAUCAAUUUUAAUCAGCAAUUGAAAAAAACGAACAGGAGCAGAGAAGGAAAAGGAAGAGGAGGUGCUCCGAAGCGAGUCCAAGCUCGAGCGCUAACUCCAAUUCAAAAUCUGAUCUGAACCAGAACAUCCGCCGCCACAGAGCUGUGUGCCGGGACAUGAGACUCCUUCAGGGGCGGGUAUCAGUCAGUCGGCUCGCAGCAGCAGCAGCAGUGUUAACGGAAGGAGAAUUCCUCUCUUCUUUCGCUUCAGCAUCUUCUAGGACCUGGAUUUCUUGGACCCAGUCAGCGUCGGUUUGUCACAAACAGAUUCGUCGUUUCCGUCACUCUGCUGCUAAAAACAUGGCCGAAGAAGCAAAGAAAAAGGCGGCCUACGCUGCAGUGGACAACCACGUUCAGAACAACCAGGUGGUUGGGGUCGGCAGUGGUUCGACCAUCGUCUAUGCGGUGGACAGAUUAGCUGAGAGAGUGCGUCAGGAGAAACUCAACAUAGUGUGUGUCCCCACAUCCUUCCAGGCCCGUCAGCUCAUCCUCCAGCACGGACUCACACUGUCAGACCUGGACCGACACCCAGAGUUGGAUGUGGCCAUCGAUGGAGCUGACGAAGUGGAUUCAGAUCUGACUCUGAUUAAAGGAGGAGGUGGCUGUCUGACACAGGAGAAGAUCGUAGCUGGUUGUGCCAAACAUUUUGUAGUAAUUGCAGAUUACAGGAAAGACUCUAAGACAUUGGGUCAACAGUGGAAAAAGGGAGUUCCCAUUGAAGUGAUCCCCAUGUCCUACAUCCCUGUCUCCAGGACCAUAGCUAGGUGUUUUGGAGGAGAAGCUCGUCUGAGAAUGGCUGUCAGUAAAGCUGGUCCUGUGGUCACUGACAACAGCAACUUCAUCCUGGACUGGAAGUUUGACCAGGCUCAGGACUGGAAGGAGGUGAACACUGCCAUCAAGAUGAUUCCAGGUGUGGUGGAGACAGGACUGUUUGUCAGCAUGGCUGAGCGAGCCUACUUUGGGAUGGAGGACGGCAGCGUGCAGGUCCGGGAUCCUCCUGUUCACUGACAGUUUCACCUCCCGCCGCAUUUUCUUCUCUGACCUCACUCAUUCUUUCAAGUGCCGUGUUCUGUGAUCUUCUCCCAUGUCACACCCGACUGAACUGGACUGGGCUCAGGGAAGUUUCAACUUCUUCAUUUUAAAGCAGAUACACAUUUCUCCUUGUUUUACAGCUGCUGUUUCUGGUUCUGUUUCUCAGACAGUAAAAAAGUGCCUGGUUACAUUGUAGGUUUUUUUCUUUUCUCUCUUUUACUGUAAUAAUUGUUUGACUGAAGCCUGCUGUCACUGCUGCAGAGUGGAAAAAACCCCAACAUGCCUAGAAAUUAAAAACAUUGAAUAAUAAUUAAAACCACUGGCAAAAAUGAUGCUUUUGAGCCACAAAGUGAAUUCAUAAAAACUCAUUAAAACAGUGUUCUCUGCUGUGAUCAUGUUCACAGGGAAAAAAUAUUUUUGAAUCAUGUUUUUAACUAAUGAUCAGAAUAGAUUAACCUGUACUUUAGUGUUAGCCUCUGAUUAAAACCAACACACAUUCACUUUCAUUUAGAUCGUGAAAACCACCUGAACCACUCCACAGUGCUGGUAGUAUCUGGUGCCACAGUCAUCAAUAAUGGAUGUUGGUUAUUAUUGAACUGUUUGUGUCAGAAAGUUCCUGCAGCAGAACUUGUUUUUUUCCUGGUUUCUGAUGUGGCCUCUGAGUUUUGUUUUUUUUCUUCAGUUCUUCUGGGGUGAGCAGGUCAAAGUCCUAAGUGCCAGUGUAAAACACCAGUAAACAAACUUGUCCUUGUAGCUUCUCCACCUCUGACUGCUCUCAUUCUGUUUCUGAGAGCAGCUGUUUCCAUAAUACAACAUAGAGAAAUACAUUUAAACGUGUAAAAGUAAAGAUCACAUUCACAUGUGAUAUCAAUUAACAUGUUAAUUCACACCACUAUUCACAGCACUCAGCUAGGUAUCUUCUGAAGCAAAGGUCUGUUCAGUGAUGUUAUAACCAUGGAAUGUCGAGAGGGGGCGACAUAACCUUAACAGAAAUUAACGGCAGACUUCACUCUGAAGAUCAGAAGCACCACCUGACCCUAAAAUAUAAAAUCUCAUAUUUUUGAAUUCUGCUCUUCACCCAUUGCCUUAAUUUCAGCAUGUUUUUUCUGUGAGCACCUUUACUGGAGACUGAUUUGUGAAAAUGUGUAAAUGUCUUAUGAUUCUUGUGUUAGUCAGACGUGGAGUUGAUUUAACAAUAGAUUAUCUGGCACUUCGAACAUAAAGUGAAACUGUGUCAUAACACGAUAGGACAAUCGUUUUUACCAGCAUUCUUUUUUUUCUUUACCAACUAACUGUGAUACAGGUCAUUCUACUGUGAUACUGAUCUUUUCUUUGCCAAAAAUAAAUAAAGGACCAAAAAGAAACUUGA